GGAAAAGAAAAAGAAAAAAGAAUAAGAAAAAGAAGAAAUGGAAUAUCCGUCUUGAUCCCAAAGCCUUCUUCCUUCCCGCGUCAUCUCUUCCCUAUAAAGCCGCAGUUUGAACACUCUCAGUUUCUUUCUGUUCAUCUUCAUCCUUUUCUUCUUAAGCUGUAAUGAAAUUUGAAGAGCAGAGCUUGAAGCAACAGUCGGAACAGAUAUGCAAGACUGUUGAGGUCGACGUAAUUGAUCACCAUCGCACUGCAUCGUCGCUGGUCGAAUUGGAAGCUUCUGAAGAUUGCGAGAGGGAUGGACCGGAUGGUGACGGCCUCUAUAUUCCUCCCCUCAACUUUUCCAUGGUUGAUAAUGGCAUUUUCCGCUCCGACUUCCCUAAUUCUGCUAACUUCUCCUUCCUCCAAACCCUAGGCCUCCGUUCCAUUAUAUGUCUAUGUCCGGAGCCGUAUCCGGAACACAACAUGGAGUUUCUCAAGUCUAACGGAAUCAGAUUGUAUCAAUUUGGAAUCGAGAGCUAUAAGGAGCCUUUUGUGAAUAUCCCAGAUGAUAUGAUUCGUGAAGCACUGAAAGUUGUCCUUGACGAUAGAAAUCAUCCAAUCCUCAUACAUUGCAAGAGAGGAAAGCAUCGUACAGGUUGCCUUGUGGGAUGCCUGAGAAAAUUGCAGAGGUGGUGCCUCACUUCUGUGUUUGAUGAGUACCAGAGAUUUGCAGCUGCAAAAGCAAGAAUUUCAGACCAGAGGUUUAUGGAAUUGUUCGAUAUCUCCGACUUGAGGCAUCUUCCCAUGUCAUUCGCAUGCUCAAAGAGCUGUAUGAUCAUCUCUGGUUCAUUCCAAGACGAAGAAGCAGCUGGAAGUGUCAGUGGAAAAAGCUCGACGACCACUUAACCAAAGGUACACUUUAUAUACCCAUCAACCAAUAGUUCCUAAUUCUCAUCUUAAUUUCUUAUGGACUCUUAUUGGAUCCAUUCAUUGCACUGGGAACCGUGUUCUUCAUAUGAAAUGAUUAUUAUGAACAUUAUGAAUUUCAGUUAAAUCUUGAUGAUUGAUUGGAGAGGCAUCUCUUAAGUGGAUAGUGGCUUAGUUUAGGGCCAAUGAGUAGGAAUUCCAUUAACCAUAUUGACUGUCUUCCUUUUUAGGUUUGAUGCCAAUGAUCACGGGCAAUCAUUGCAUAGUUGGUAGUGUUGAUGAGUUGUAUUCUACCUUUGCCAAUUUAUAAUGAUUACUUACUUCUGCUUGUUUACCCUUUGCAA